UCCCCUCCCCGCACCUGGCGCUCGCGCCACGCUCCCGCCCGGGGCCGCGCCCGCCGCUGAACCCACCCGAACCCAUUCCGAACCUAUCCGAGCGCGUUCCGAACCUCCCCGAACCUAUUCCGAACCUAUCCGAGCGCGUUCCGAACCUCCCCGAACCUAUCCGAGCGCUUUCCGAAUCUCCCCGUAAACCCAUCCCGAACCUCCCCGAAGCUAACCCGAACGUCUCCGAAUUACACCCGAAAACAACCGAAGCACAACCGAACCGGGCCGGGUCGGGCCUCACCGCCCUCCGGUGCGGCCGCCGGUGCCCCGGGGAUGGUGGCGGCUCCUCCCGCCGCGGCCGCGGCCAUGCGCCGGGGUUUCCUGGUGCCCGAGAUCCGCCCGCUCGAUCAGUAUGAUGGGGCGAGGGCUCGGAGCGCCGCAAGCCUCGCCUGGGCCAUCGCUACCGGUUACGGAGGCGCGGGCAACGUCCCCGAGGAGCUCCGUGACCCCUUCUACACCGACCAGUACGAGCAGGAGCACAUCAAACCCCCCGUCACCCGGCUCUUGGUGGCCUCCGACAUCUACUGCCGGGCCUGGCGUCACGCCCUGGGGCCCCCCGACCCCCCCGCCGCCCCCCCGGCCGAUAACGGGGCGCUGCUGGCGCUGCUGACCCGCCGGGGGCUGCCCCCCACCUUCCAGGACGCCCCCGUCCGCGAGGCCGAUCUCCAGCACAGGCCCAUCAAGAUGGGCGCCCACCUUGCCCUCAUCGACUCCCUCAUGGCGGCUUUCGUCACCGAAGCCACUCGGGGGCUGGGGCCCCCCCCAGGUGCCCCCCCCGGCCCCAAUUCCUGGGAGCAGAAGAUUCUCUGCUGGCUGGACACGGUGAACCGCAAGCUGCAGGAGAGCACGGAGAGGGAGGGGACCCCCCGAGCCACGGCCCCCCCCGAUGGCCCCGCGGCCCCCCCGGCGUGCGGGCACAAGUGUCCCACCCGGUGGUACUGGAAGUUGGUUCCUCACGCCAUCGCCUUUUGUUUGAAGGAAUCGGGGAAUAAACCUCCGGUGAUUCGGUACCGGAAGGACAAGGUGCCCCCCCGGCAGAGCCCCUGCUUCCCCCCCGUGCUGGGCAUGAAGGACCUGGCCAGUGGGGGGGCCAUCGCCGCCACCAUCCACUACUACUGCCCCCAGGCGCUGCGCCUCGAGGAGGUGUGCCUGAAGGAGCCCAUGUCGGUGGCCGACAGCCUGCACAACCUGGGGCUGGUGCGGGACUUCAGCUGCCGCCACCUGGGCACCCGCUGCCCCCUCGCGCUCGAGGACCUGCUCUACAUGCCCCCCAGCCUGCGGCUGAACGUGGGGGCCUUCCUCGCCGAGCUCUUCCUCUGCUUCGAGGUGCUGCGCCCCCCCUUUGUGCGCCCCCGGGACCUGGGGGGGCCCCCAGAGGCUCCGGCCGCCGGUGAUGCCCCGACCCCCAAGAGCAGCUCCCCUGGCUUCAACUUUCGGCACCCGUUACUGCCGGGGGGGCAGACCCCCCCCUCGCUGCGGGGGACCCCGGGCACGCUGCACCACUCCCCCUCCCUGCCCCACGUCGAGGGGGGGUUCGGCAAAGCCUGGAGCAAGAAGCCCUUGAGCCACCCCCUCUCCCAAGCCGUCUCCUUCAGCAUCCCCUUCGGCCUCGACAGCGACGUCGACAUCGUGAUGGGCAACCCCGUGGGGGCCGCGCUGGCCCGUUCGGCCAGCACCGACAGCCUGGCCCCCCCCCGUCGCCCCCCGCCCCCCCGCCUGCCCCCCAACUCCCCCCCAAUUUCAUCUCUACCCAACGGUCUCCCCCCGGAGACCCCCGGCCAGGAGCUGCCCACCAUCGAGGAAGCUCUCCAGAUCAUCCACAGUUCCGAACGUCUUCUCCCCGAAGGAGCCCCCGACGCUUUUUAUCUUCAUUCUCCGGACCCCCCCGUGGGUAUCGGGGACCCCCCUGCGCCCCCCAACCUCCACCAGCCCCCCGUUUCCACCGCGGAUCCCCCGGUCCCCCUGGGUCGUACCAUGACCAGCUUUGCCGAACGCAAGAAAAAACUGGAAGAAGCCGCCGGGGUGGGCGGGGGCGGUUCCGGUUCGACCCCCGCGUCCUCCGGUGGCUCCCCCCAAAUUUUAGGGGCUCACCCCGAAUCGGGCGAAGGCUUGAGCGCCGAAAUGAGCCAACUGGGCGCGCGGUUGGAGGAGAAACGUCGCGCCAUCGAGGCGCAGAAGAAGAGGAUCGAAGCCAUCUUCGCCAAGCACCGUCAACGCUUGGGCAAGAGCGCCUUCCUCCAGUUGAAACGCGGGGGCGAGGAUGAGGAGGAAGAAGAGGAAGGAGAAAAUUCCGGCGUCAAAAAACAAGUCACCUUCGCCCCCCCGGAUCCACCCGGCCAUUACGAGGCGGCGGUGGCCAAGCUGAGCACGGCGCUCAGCACCCUUCAGUUGGACAUGCAACGCUUGAGUCAACAGCAGCAACGGCUCCUCCAAGACCAACGGCCAACCGCCGGCCAAGCUUGGGUCAUCCCCGUCCCCAAAGGCGGGGGGCGAGGGACAGCCACCCCCCCAGCGCCGCCGCCGCCGCCCCCCAAAACCCCGGCGUCCCCUUCGCCGUCGCGGAAGGUGGGGGUCCCGCCGCAACGUAAACCCCCCCGCAGCCCGCGGAGGGCUCGUCCGGCCGAGCUGAAGUUGCCCACCCUGACGCGGGUGUUGACCCCUCCCCACGACGUGGACACUUUGCCCCACCUGCGGAAGUUCUCCCCCAGCCAGGUGCCCGUCCAAACCCGUUCCUCCAUCCACUUCUCCGAGGAGGAAGAGGAGGAUGAAGAAGAAAGAGGACCUUUACCCGGACCGCCCCUCCCCGAUUCGCCGGAACCCCCCGAGAUGGAGGCAAGGGGCAACCUGCGCCCCGCGGGGACCACCCGGGUGUCCGGCGACGGCACCAGCGACGUGUCCUCACCCGGCGAGCGGCGGGCCAGCCUCAUCGAGGUGCCGCUGGACAGCCUGCGGGCCGAGGAGGAGGAGGAGGAGGAAGAGGAGGAGGGAGAAGGGGACUCUUUGGAGGGGUCGCCCACCGAGGGGGGGGCCGGCACCGAGACCAGAGCCAGCCUCGGCUUCUUCUUCAAGGCAGCGGGCCCGGCGGAGGCGGCCAUGGCGCAGCGCAGAGCCACCCUCCUGCAGCGGCAGCAGCGGCGCAGUGAGCAGGCCCGGCAGCGGCGGCACUGGCUGGAGGGCAAGGCCAGGGUGCUGCCGGAGCCCCCCCGCCCCCCCGAGGAAGAGGGGUGCCGCCGGGGGGAUUUCACCCGCCAGGAGUACGAGCGGCGGCAGCAGCUGAAGCUGAUGGAGGAGCUGGAGAAGGUGCUGCGCCCCCCCGCGGCCCCCCCCCGCGGCACCCCCAGAGCCCCCCGCGGCCCCCGAGCCCCCCGGCCCCGCUGCUGCGACGACUCGGCCCUGGCCCGCAGCCCCCCCAAGGGGCUCCUCGGCGCCCGCCUCUCCAAGGUUUACUCCCAGAGCACCCUCUCCCUCUCCACCGUGGCCGCCGACCCCGGGGGCACCCACCCCAGCGGGCGGGCACCCAGCCGGGCUGCGUCCCCCUCGGGGCCGAUGUCCCCUGGGCGCGUCCCCCCCGGGCGGGAGCGUGAGUGGGAGAACGAGUCCAGCGCCUCCUCCCCCGCCUCUGUCCCCGAGUACACCGGUCCCCGCCUGUACAAGGAGCCGAGCGCCAAGUCCAACAAACACAUCAUCCACAACGCGCUGGCGCACUGCUGCCUGGCCGGCCGCGUCAACGAGCCCCAGAAGAACCGCGUCCUCGAGGAAGUAGAGAAGAGCAAAGCCAACCACUUCCUCAUCCUCUUCCGGGAAGGCAGCUGUCAGUUCCGGGCUCUCUACACGCUGGGGGGGGACCCCCCCGAGCUGAGCCGGCUGGCGGGGGCGGGGCCGCGCACCGUGCCCCUCCCCAUGGUCAAGGGCAUCUUCAAGUACAACUCGGACCGGAAACGCUUCACGCAGAUCCCGGCCAAGACCAUGUCCAUGAGCGUCGACGCCUUCACCAUCCAGGGGCCCCUGGGGCAGCCCCGCCGGCCCGGCACCCCCAAAAAACCCGGCACCCCCAAGUAAAGGGGGGGGGAACCCCUCCCCCCCCCCCUUGGUGUCAUGCGUGUCCCCCAAACCCCCCCAGGUGUGGCUGGGAUGGGGACAGUGGGGACACCCCCACCACCACCCCCCUCAAGGUUUGGGGGGGCGGAGCCAAGUUGGGGGGGGGUUUGCCCGAACCCCCCCCCCCGCGGUUUGGGGGGGGCAAGGUGACACAGCUGGGGGGGUGGGGGUGUAUCUUGCCCCCCCCCGAGGUUUGGGGACAGGGUGACCAGUGGAGGGGACGUGGGGAGAUGCUGCUAAGGGACGGGGUACCCCCCCCCCCGUGGUUUGGGGGGCAGGGUGACACAGCUAAAGGGGGGGGGGGUGUCUUGCCCCCCCCCCACCCCUGUGCCCCUCCUCCCAUGAGGUUUGGGGACAGGGUGACAACAAGGGGACACAGAUGCUGCUAAGGGGCCUCCCCCACCCCCCCGAGGUGUGGGGUGUGA